AUGAAUCGAUAUAUUCGGGAUGGAGACAAUCCGGAUAUCACUGAGGAGAGAAUGAAGGCGACAUUCGAUGCGGAUAGGUUCACAGAGUUCUAUCAUGGAGGUGCUAAAAGAUUGAAGUCCCGCCGAGAAGUCGAAAAGUACAUCGAAGAUCACAAAGAGCUUCAGGACACCCAUCCGACGCCAUUCAUGAGUCGAGAAGAAUUAAUCGACAAUUCGGUUCGGAAGCUAGCUGGAAUGGCAAAGUACCACAAGAUGAUCGACAUGACCAAUAUUGAGAAGACCACUUAUUUUUUGCAAAUGGUCCAUGUCCGUGACUCGAUGGCUUUCUCUCUUCACUACCUCAUGUUUCUUCCUGUCCUCCAAUUUCAAGCAUCUCCUGAACAACUAUCCGAAUGGAUGCCUAAAUCGUUAUCUGGAACCAUUAUUGGAACAUAUGCCCAAACGGAAAUGGGUCAUGGAACCAACUUGUCUAAACUGGAGACCACUGCCACUUACGACCCAAAAAGCCAAGAAUUCGUGCUACAUACCCCUACCAUCAGUGGAGCCAAAUGGUGGCCAGGAAGUCUUGGAAAGUUCUGCAAUCAUGCGAUUAUCGUUGCCAAUUUGUGGACCAAUGGGAAGUGUGAAGGACCUCAUCCAUUUUUCGUGGAGAUCAGAGACCCGGUGACCCAUAAAGGAUUGCCACACUUGAAGAUGGGAGAUAUUGGACCAAAGUUGAGCUUGAAUGGUUCUGAUAAUGGAUAUCUGAUUUUCGAUAACUUCCGAAUUCCGAGAAACAACAUGUUGAUGCGUCAUUCCAAGUUUCAAAAAUAUUACAUGGCAAAAGCUAUUGCAUUCAGAAUUGCUGGUGAUGAGUUGCAGAAUAUAUUUAAGAAAGUCUCCAAACAACUCCGCUUAGGGGAAGCCUCACUUCUUCCUGGCAUUUAUGCCUUAUCAAGUGGCCUAAAGGCAUUGGUCACCUUUGAAGUUCAAGGUGGAAUUGAGCAGUGUCGUUUGGCUUGUGGUGGUCAUGGCUACUCUCAUGCUUCCGGGAUUCCUGAGUUAUCUGCCUUCUCAUGUGGAAGCUGUACUUAUGAGGGGGACAAUUUGGUGUUGCUUUUGCAAGUGGCGAAGUACCUCAUGAAAGUUUGCGCUCAGCCAGCAGAAGGCAAAAUUUGCGGCUACCUUCACAAGAAGAGCUCUGCCACUAUCUCAGAACUCUCCACUCAUAAAACAUACAGCGACCAUCAAAUCAUCCAAGACUGGGAGCAUGUCACCAGGAGAGUUGUACUUCAAGCGUUCCAAAAACUUCGAACUGAAAGUGCUACAAAGCAAAAGCAUGAAGCAUGGAACAGUUGCUCCGUGGAGCUCUGCAAAGCUGCUAGGUGGCACGUUCGUCUGUACAUUGUCAGAAUCCUCUUGGCAAAGAUCUCCACUGCUCCAGAAGAUGUGCGUCCUGUUCUUCGAGCCCUUGCAAAACUGUACAUUUUCGAUUUGCAAGUAUCUAAACAGGGUCAUUUUAUGGAGGAUAGAUACAUGAGUCCCCAACAAAUUGAUCAGUUGAAAAGUGGAAUAUCAGAAGCCCUGGCAACUAUCCGUCCGGAUGCUGUCUCUAUCGUCGAUGGAUUCGCAAUUCAUGAGUUCGAACUCAAAAGUGUCCUGGGUCGUCGUGAUGGAAAUGUGUAUCCGGCAUUGAUGGAAUGGACCAAACAUAGCAAAUUGAACCAGAAGGACGUUCCAGAAGCGUUUGAGAAGUAUCUAGCUCCGAUCAUGAAAAAGAUCAGAGCCAAAAUAUAA